GUCAAACGCUUUGAUUUUCUCGACUCGAUUUUCGCUGAACAAAAUCGAUAAGAUUGGAAAUUGGCGACUACGAUCGCAGGAGAUUUCCCGCAGGAGCAAAAUCUGGCACGACGCGUGACCAAUUAAGGUUAUAAUCAUUGAUUCGGAGUUUCGGAGUAGUGUUAAACGCGUUUUUAAGUGUUUAAUCGCUCGAGCGAUUGACCGAAGAGACGGACGCCUAAAUUUCAGCCUCAUUCUGCACCAGGGUCUCUCUACAACAUGACUUCGUUUGUAGCGGAUGUACUGGCCACGGCAGGUAAGCUUGAGAAGGUAAAUCUCCACAAAAACAUUGCCGAAAUACAAAAGGAAAUAACGAAAUUGGAAUAUGAAGUUAAAGACUUCAUGGAUGACAAUUAUGUCGAGUUCAAUGCAAAGUUGACGAGAGAUAUACACCUGGUUAAAAAGACGGAGCAGCUGCUGGAGGAAAUAGGUAUUUUGCAGAGCAGAAUAAAUGAUCAAAUCAAAAUCGAGCUGUCCGGAUCGACAAAGGAGUUGAAAGCGCUCUCCCAGGCGUUAAAGGAGUCCAAUAUCAGCCUGCAACUAUCCCAACAACUGAUAAGCCUACACAAGUGCAUAAAAUCUAUAAAAAAGACCCAAGAGGAAAAGCAAUACGUCGAGACUGCCAAGACUCUGCGGCAAAUGCAAUCUCUGUUGGAAAAUCCUCAUAGCCUCCUGCACGAUCUCGAAAUAUAUGCGGCAAUCAGGGAUGAAUACUGCAAUCUCUCUCGCUCGUGCUUGAUGGAAGCCUCCGGCCUCUUGCGCGAUCGAAUCUGCUGGAGCAACGAUGAGAAGGAGGGCAAAACGAUCACCUCGGUCACCAUUAAAACCGAAUAUGACGACAUACGGGAAUUAAUGCGAGGAUUGCACAUUAUGGAUCAUCUCGAAAAUGAAUUGGAAACAUUUUCCACAAAAUUGAUGGAUCAUAUAAUCAAACCCAUCAUUUAUGAUCACUGCUCGGUGUAUGUCGUUAAGGAGAAAGUGUUUACCGUCGAGAUACUGGAGAGGAAAAAGAUGCCGUGUUACAAAGGUGUACUGUACAACUUGAAGCUACUCUUCAAAUUUCUCCAUCAACAUUUAAAUCUGAUGAUCGCGGAUGACGAAACCUUUCUGAGAAAAUUGCAACCGCAUCUGCUGGAACAAUUGUCGCGUCCUUUGAUAGCAGACUGCAUCUCUCACACCAUCCCGACUUCUAACGCGGAUCUGAAGAACUUCGAGCCUGUGGUCGAGACAAUUAACGAAUUUCAAAACUACUUAGUAGUAAUCGGUUUCCUUUCCGAGGAUCAACUCUUCUUAUCAGAAUAUACGAAUAAUAUUGACAAACUCUUUAUCGAUAGAAUAUGUCAGGAUUUAUUAGCCAAAGCUAGAAAUAUAAUGAGGAAAGAUCUGCACGAUUCUGUUCGAUACGAGCCGCAGGAACCGCCCAAACUUAUAAAUAAAGCGUUCGAGAACGAUUGCGAAUUAUCCAUUGAAAAGAAGUUAAGCGAUAUGUCAUUUCAUCUACCUAAAUGUCAAAUAAGCAAAAAUGCACAAGAAACGCUAGAACUAGCAAGAACAAUAUUGGAUGAGGCUUGCGAUAGUUCGGAUGCUUGCGCUGUUAGAUUAUUUUACACAUGUAGAAAUGUAUUCGAAAUGUACGCUGGUUUAGUGCCCGAACAUCAUAAAAAGUUCUUGGAAACAAUACCGCAGCAAGUUGCUUUGUUUCACAAUAACUGUAUGUAUCUCGCCCACCACUUGCUUACACUGGCGCACGAAUACAGAGACAGAUUCUCAAAAAUUGUACAAAGAUUAAACUUGACAUUCGCGGAUCAGGUCAUGAUACUCAGAGACGUUGGAUCGCAAUGCUUCCUGGAUCAUAUGAGAUAUCAAAGAAAUAUUAUUUUCGACAUCAUCAAGGAUUCAGGUUUCUCAGGAUUAAGCCAGGCGCCUCAGCUAGAUCCUAGCACCGAACGUGCAUUAAGACAAUGCAUCAGACAAUUGGAAUUAUUAAAGACUGUUUGGCUGGAUGUAUUGCCUAUAAAUAUCUACUGUAAAGCCGUUGGAUGUAUAACAAAUUCCAUGAUUGACGAUUUGGUGACGAAAGUCAUAUCUGCGGAAGAUAUUCCAAUUGAUGUCGCGACCGAACUGGUAACUCUAUUUAAUAUGGUGGUGAAACGAACGCCGCAGAUAUUUCCUGAUCAACAGAUUCAGCAGCAUGUACGUAAAUGGGGGAAAUUUUUGGAACUGAUCAAGUUACUUGGUGCGUCACUGAAAGAAAUUGAAGUUAGAUGGGGAAGUGGGAAAGGCCCAUUAGCACAGGAAUUCACCGCUCCACAAGUCAAACAACUGAUCCGGGCAAUAUUCCAGAAUACGGACAGACGAUCUAAUCUUUUAGCUUCUAUACGAUAAAAAAUGUGAAAUCAAAUGUCAAAUAUAUAAAGAAUAACGAAUAAAUAAUUAAGUUUGUAUCACA